CAUAUAAACCCCCUCAUAUCCUUUAACCCCAAAACCCGGUGCCAAACGAGAGCUAGGGUUUUCAGAGCUCCCGCCACCACAUUUCAGAUCCCAUCUCUGCAACUUUCACACCCACAACCAUGGCGACUGCGACCCAAAUGAGCAAGAAGCGAAAGUUCGUCGCCGACGGCGUUUUCUUCGCCGAGCUGAACGAGGUGCUGACGAGAGAGCUCGCCGAAGACGGCUACUCCGGCGUUGAAGUUAGGGUUACGCCGAUGCGAACCGAGAUCAUCAUCCGAGCCACCCGAACCCAAAACGUUCUCGGAGAGAAGGGGAGGAGGAUUAGGGAGCUAACCUCUGUUGUACAGAAGAGGUUUAAGUUUCCAGAAAACAGCGUUGAGCUUUACGCUGAGAAGGUUAACAACAGAGGGCUGUGCGCUAUUGCUCAGGCCGAGUCUCUCCGUUACAAGCUUCUCGGUGGCCUUGCCGUCCGCAGGGCUUGCUACGGUGUUUUGAGAUUUGUCAUGGAAAGUGGAGCAAAGGGUUGUGAGGUGAUCAUUAGUGGAAAGCUAAGGGCUGCGCGAGCCAAGUCCAUGAAAUUCAAAGACGGAUACAUGAUUUCUUCUGGUCAGCCAGUCAACGAAUACAUUGAUUCUGCUGUGAGGCACGUCCUCCUUAGACAGGGUGUGCUUGGUAUAAAGGUCAAGAUUAUGCUCGAUUGGGAUCCCAAGGGCAAGCAAGGCCCCAAGACCCCCUUACCCGACCUUGUUACAAUUCACCAACCGAAGGAGGACGUAUAUAUCAGGCCGGCACUAGCUGCCCCUGUUGCAGAGCCUUUUUUAGCCCCAACUGAGGUCGAGGCCCCCGUCCCGAUUGUGGCUUGAAGUCCAUCACAUAUGUUCCGAGAUGUUCAUCCAUUUUUUCUUUUGUAACUUGGAGUGUCGACUUCUUCAUUCAUAUUGGUUUCCUGUGUCAAUUUUUCCGCACCAAAAUAUGGGCCGAUGCGUUUCUCAAAUUUUGUUACACUCGGACGGUUUUAUUUAAAAUUUAUCCCUCCCGUCUUUUGUUUGAGGCCGCU